AUGGAAACUCCAACAUAUGAAUAUUAUGACAGCACUGGGUUUUUAGUAGCUGAACCAUGCAACAGGGACGGUGACAAUAUUUUGGGAGCUCAACUGUCCAUCGAGUACUACUUCAUGUUUGUCUUCAAUCUUAUUGUCAAUAGCAUAGUCCUCAUCAUCAUCUACAGGUUUGAACAGCUGACCACUGUGACCAACAUCUUGCUGUUGAACCUGGUGGCGUCCUCCCUGAUCUUCGCGAGUAGUCUUCCAUUCAUGGCAGUCUACAUGCAACUCUCCAACUGGAUCUUUGGCACCGCUAUGUGCAAGAUUGUUGGCAGCGUCUACUAUCUAGGGUUUUAUAGCUCUGUCCUCUUCCUAGCUCUUCUUACCUUUGACCGACACCUUGCAGUUGUAUACUCAGUGUGUCCAUCACAAGUGAGAAAUCAAAGGUAUGCAGUAUUGUCCUGUGCUGUGGUGUGGGUAGUCAGUGGUUUGGCAUGUAUCAAACCAAUGAUUCUGCAUAAAAUUUUUACUUCAAAUUUUGAUAACAAAACUCUGUGUCAAGAAUAUCCUGGUUAUAUUCCAAAUAUUGAUGUGGAUGCGUUGAGAUUUUUUGGGUUUUACAUUCAGCUUUUCCUUUUCUUUAUCUUCCCAUUGGUUGUAAUUGUCUAUUGCUAUGCAAGAAUCACAAUCACUGUUGUGUCGUCCAAGAUUGUGACAAGGUUCAAGACAGUCCGGCUGAUAUUCAUCAUUGUCCUGUUGUUUUUCAUGUGCUGGACCCCUUUUAACAUUGUACUGAUGUAUGAUGAACCAACUAGCUGUGAGGAAGAACAGAAACUCGGCUAUGCGCUUCAAAUCACGCGUAACAUUGCCAACAUUUACUUUUGCAUCAGUCCCGUCUUCUACACGUUUGUUGGGAAGAAAUUCCAGAACUAUUUCAGGCAGCUCCUGGUGAAGCGCUUCCCAAAGUUAAAGAGAUACAUUUCUGUUAGUCAAAACAGCAGAAGCAACAUGUCCACAAAAAGUACAAGAAAUGAGUUUUAG